AUGGAUUUGACUCCGAGAAAAAAACUAAAGUAUCUGAUAAUCAUCUCGUUGUUAGUGUUAUCAUUACGUCAUCAAGAUUAUAACAUUGAAGCACACAAUUCAGACAGAGUAGUGAAUCUUCCCGAACAACCAUCGAAUCCAGAGGUUUCUCACUUCUCAGGCUAUGUCAAUGUUAAUCAAGAAAACACAAGAUCACUCUUCUUCUGGUUCUUUGAAGCCUUGUCUGAAUCUCCAUCAACAAGACCUCUAGUUCUCUGGCUCAAUGGAGGUCCUGGAUGUUCAUCUAUUGGAUAUGGAGCAGCAUCUGAAUUAGGACCUUUUCGUGUCGCUGAAAAUGGCACACGCCUUACAUUCAAUCAAUACUCUUGGGUCCAAGAAGCGAAUAUGUUAUUUUUGGAAUCACCGGUUGGAGUAGGGUAUUCGUACACCAACUCAUCUUCCGAUUUGGACAACCUCAACGACAGUUUCGUUGCGGAAGAUGCAUACAAUUUCAUGGUUGCUUGGUUCGCAAGGUAUCCCCAAUAUAAGUCUCGUGAUUUCUUCAUCGCUGGUGAAAGCUAUGCCGGUCACUACGCACCUCAGCUAGCCGAGCUUAUAUACGACAUGAACAAAGUUAAACCAAAGGACUCCUUCAUUAACCUCAAAGGCUUCAUCGUAGGAAAUCCAUUGACGGAUGACGAGUACGAUUUUAAAGGGAUUCUAGAUUACGCGUGGAGCCACGCAGUGAUCCCGGACAAUCUCUACGACACAGCAAAACGUAACUGCAACUUCAAGUUUUCGAAUUGGUCGGAACCUUGCAUCAUCGCCAUGAAAACAGUGUUCCGAAAAUACGAAGAGAUUGACAUUUAUAACAUAUAUGCUCCCAAGUGCAACACCAAUAGCUCAUCGGGAGCUUCUUUGUUCGGUGCCGGAGAUUAUAAAUCUCCUGCGACCAAAGACUGGUUCAAGAGAGUAACAUGGUUUGAAGGAUACGAUCCUUGUUACUCUAACUACGCUGAAAUAUAUUUCAAUAGAGUCGAUGUUCGAUCGUCUAUUCAUGCCACACGAGCUGUAUCAAGGUGGAAGACUUGCAAUAAUUCAAUAUUGCGAACGUACAAUUUCACGGUCUCCUCAAUGUUGCCUACCUAUAGUAAGCUCAUCAAAGCUGGUCUCAAGAUAUGGGUUUAUAGUGGAGACGCCGAUGGGAGACUGCCGGUGAUCGGAACUCGGUAUUGGGUUGAAGCUUUAGGUCUCUCCGUCAAAUCUGAGUGGCGUUCUUGGUUCCACAAUCAUCAGGUGGGAGGGAGGAUAACGGAGUACGAGGGAGGGUUAACGUUGGUGACGGUGAGAGGAGCUGGACACUUGGUCCCACUUAACAAACCUGAAGAAGCUCUUGCGCUUUUCCGUUCCUUUCUUAACGGUCAAGAACUUCCGUCACGCCCCUAG